UUUUUUUUUUUUUUCUAUCCCUCUCUAUUAUCUAACCAUGUCAGACGUUGCGGCCCUGGAGGCUGAGGUCAAGGAAUUCAAGCUUCAGCUUGAAACCGUUCAAUCGAGUUUGCAGGUAGACCCAGAUAACACGGAACUACAAAGUCUCAAGGCUGAGCUGGAAGAACUUAUAAACCUCACUGCAACAUCCAUCGCCGAACUCAAACCGGCCGCACCCCCCGCAAGAUCCUCUUCCUCUCUACCAGCGAAGGCGAAAGACGCGAGAGAAGACUACCCCCCCAAAUCCAGUUUCCGUGCUCCCACAGUCGAACAAGUCGAGGAACCCUCCGCCCCGGUCUCCUUUUCCGUUAAUGAACAUGUGCUGGCGCGCUGGGUCUCGGGAGACAACUCCUUCUAUCCAGCUCGCAUCACCUCCAUCACCGGUUCAUCUAGCAACCCCGUGUAUAUUGUCUCGUUCAAGUCAUACGGAACGGUGGAAUCUCUAACCGCAAAAGACCUUAAACCCAUUUCCAACGGUGAAUCGCGAAAGCGCAAGGCUGAUGGAAGCCCAGGCAGUUCUUCAUCCCAGUCCCCCGCUCCCCAACCUCCCCACGCCAGCGUGAUUUCUGCCGCAGCGGACAUAAACCCAGCAUUGGCAAACCAGGCGCGGAAAGAGCCGAGCAAGGUUGGCGAUGGACCCCCACGUCCUACGAAAGCACCUCGCAAGGUCAAGGCUUCAAAGGAGCUCGAGGAGGGUAAGAUGAAAUGGAAGGAUUUUGCCAGCAAAAGCAAGUAUGGGCGAAAGGAAAGCAUGUUCCGGACUGGAGAAGGGUUGAACGCCCGAGUGGGUUUUACCGGAUCCGGACAGCAGAUGCGCAAAGACCCCACCCGAACACGACAUGUUUAUCAACAAGGCGAAGAAGAGGGUUAUUAAAGCUUCGGCAAUGGUCCCGCAUCAGGGUGCCCGUUAUGACUUACGGCCCGCCUUUUUUUUUUUUUUUU